AUGGAGAAGCUUAAUUCCUAUGAUAUUUUAGCUAAGUAUACUACGGAUGUAGAAGAUAAUUUAUCUUCUAAAAGAGAAAUUAAAAUUCAGAUAGAUCCAGGUUAAAAAUUUGGAUUUAAUGAAGCAGAAAAGCUAGCAUUAGAAAUAUUAGAAUUAUAAGAUCUUCAGUCUAUUGACUUUAAAAUAUCAGAAAAAAAUAAUUUUUGUGGAAAGAGUGUAUAAUAAAUUACCAAUUCUUUUUAGCAUUUAAAAAAUCUCAAGCAAUUAUCACUAUCAAUAUAUGAUAAUAACUUUAAUAGCGAUGCUAGCUUGAUGCUUGGAUAAUCUCUCUCUAAUAUUCCAUUUUUGAUUUGCUUAAAAAUAACUAUUGGUCCUUAAAGCUCAUUUGGCUAAUUUGGAAUGUAGGGACUUCUCUAAUCAUUUAGGACCAUGAGGUAGUUAAAUUCUUUGGCAUUAUGUAUUGGAACAAAUGAUAUACAGUAGUAUGGAGCUAAAUGUAUUGGAGAUUCUCUCUAAUAGCUAAUAAAUCUUAAAUCUUUGAUUUUAUAAAUAGAAAAAAAUAAUAACAUAGGAUGCGGAGGUGCAAUUGGAAUCGCUCAAGGACUUUCAUCUUUAAAAAAUUUAAAUGAGCUUUAAUUAUCUUUAGGAUUUGAUAAUAGUAUUAGCUCAUUAGGUAUGACAUCUAUAAGCAAAAGCAUACAAUAAAUAAACAAUUUAAUUAGAUUGUCUAUAUCUAUUGGAUAAAUGAACAAUAUUAGUAGGGAAGGUGCGAAAUCUUUAGCAGAUACUAUUAAGUUGUUAAAAAAUCUUAAUUUUUUAGAGCUUAUAAUUUAUGAUAAUAAUAUUGGGCCCGAAGGAUCGAAGGAGAUUGGUUUAAGUAUUGGAAAUUUGAAAAAUCUAACAGAAUUGUAAUUGCAAAUUGGAACUAAUAACAUAUCAGACGAAGGAGCAUUAGGAAUCGGAAUGGGAUUACAAAAUCUAGAUUAGCUUUCAUGCUUGAGCCUCAAGAUAGGACCGAAUAAUAACAUAGGGCCAUCAGGAGCUCAAGGAUUAGCUUAUGGAUUAUAGUAUCUAAAUAAUCUUACAAAACUUAAUUUAUAAAUCGCUUCUAGCAAUAACAUAGAAAACCAAGGAGCGAAUGAAAUUGGUAAAAGUAUAUAACUUUUGAGAAAACUCUACUAAUUAUCAAUAAAGAUAGGAAAUAACAAUAUAAAAAAUGGUUUUCUGAUUUUGUUUAAAAACUUAAGAUAUUUAAUCAACUUAGAAUAAUUAGAACUAUAAAUUGAUAGCAAAAAUAUUAUUAAUUUGAAUGAAAUUAAAAUACUUACUGAAUCUCUAAAUUAAUUGAAAUAAUUGCAAUAAAUAGAUGUUUAAAUCUGUUCCCCAAUGGCUUUAUAUCUGAUCAUACUAAUAAAGGAAUUAAGGCUAACUAAAUAAAAGUUGUCAAUUAAGUAUCUUAAAGAUUAUAAAUACAUUGUAAAUGAUGAAUCUAGUAGCAGCAAUUUAUAAUAAUAGUCUUAUAGCUUAUCUCUUUAAAUACAAAUAGAUCAAGAAAGGAGCUUACCUUAAAGCAUAGGGUUAUUUGAAGGACUUUCAACCUAUACUAAUUUAACUUCACUCUCACUUAAUUUUGGAUAUAAUAAUUGCAUAUCAGAAGAAGGUGCUUGCAGCUUGGCUACGUGUAUUUCAAAAUUUUUAAAUUUGAGGUUACUUAAUUUAUAUAUAGGAAGCUUCAACAAAGUUAAUAAAAAGGGGGCUUCUAAAAUAGGAAAUAGUCUCAAAUGUUUGAAUAAUUUGGAAUAACUCUAAAUUAAUUUUGGUGGAUUCAAUGAAAUAUAAUCUCAUGGUUUUAGAUCUAUUAUUGAUGGGUUUAGUUAGCUUUCUAGCUUAAAACAUUUGGAGUAUUAAGUUUUCAAUCCAAACAACAUAAAUUCAAAAGACAUUAAUUAUUUAGCAUGUGCUAUAAAAUCUAUGAAUCAUCUAAACAAGCUACAACUUAGAAUUAAUGAUUACUAAAAUAUAUACGAAUCCAAUUGUUUAAUUGCUUUAGCAGAAAGCAUAUCUUACCUUUCUUCACUCAGGAGUCUCUCAUUCAAUUUGAAUUAAUGGCAGAUGUUUGACCCAAAUCUUUCUUUUGAAUUAUGUAGAUUCAUUUUUGAUUUACCUUUCUUGCGUUUCUUACAAAUAGAAGUGCCCUCCUAAUUUAAAAAGUACACAUAAAAAAUUAUUUUCCGCUGCAAAAGGCUAGUUGUUUUAAAAUGA